AUGCUGGGCGACUCGACGCCACCGCCGUAUCACGGCAGCCUGGUGGCAUUCGAGGGGCCCGAGGAUACCGUCGCGACCCAACUGCGCCUUCUUCCCGCAUCCCCCCAGAUAUUAGUAUUGCCAAGCAUCGACCACUAUAUGCCGACGAAGGAGAACCCCGAGCGCUCGUUCAGUGCCCGUUCAUACGUUCGCAAUAUCCAUAUCGCAGCCGCGAGUCGGUAUGAGGCCGCUUUACAGUUCCUCAAAGAGGCGACCCCCGAGAGGAGAAGGCAGGUGUUUCUGUGCGGCGGGACGGCGGGUGCCCAGGCUCUGUGCCUAUCCGGGAUCAGCAAAAACGAAACUGGCGGCGAUAUAUCGAAGGCCGACUCGAUCUUCGGAAGUCUAGUCAAGCAUGGUGUUGUUGGUCUCUGGAAGGAUGGUAUACCGAUAAACUGGCAACGCACUCUGACCGGCCAGAGCGGCGGUGAUACGGAUGGGGAUCAGUCCCACGAGGAGGGGGGAGAAUUACAGGACCCUAUUUCCUGUGCGAUGAGGGCGGCUGAUGCGCUCGACGAGGAGACUUCCGCCCUCCAACUCACAAACAACGACGCUGAUCUGGCGGGCAAUGAGAGACAGAGGAGUACCAGUCCCACAAUGCUGGAAAUGACGGGCAGCUCAGCGGACUCAGCUCCUUUCUACCUGCUCGGAGCGGAUCCCGAGGACGAUGACGCCUCCUCCGGGCCGCAGAACGGUGCGUAUUCGCGAGGUCAUGCGGCUCCAAGGACAGGACUCGGCCGGACAUCAAAUGGGACGAAUGGAUACGACCUGUCGAUCCAGACUCCGCGUCAUUCACAGCCUGAUAUUGGUGAUGCAUACCGUACGAUACGUCACUCGCCCUCCAUCUUAUCUGAAGCAUAUGGCUCGCGUCCUCCAACUCCGGAACCCGUGGUCUACGGCGAGGCACGUCUUGUUCAGAUGCGGUUCCCGGGCCCUCGAAAUCAGUCGAAAGGCAACCCUGACGCGAGAAGGUUAGGCACCGAGGCCAAUGGUCGCAGGGGUUCGCGGUCUAUCCCUGGCGAGGGCACGUCGCACUCGACCUGUGCACAGCCCAGGUAUCGACAUUUAGAGGUGCCAGAGGCAAUGUUGACAAGGGCGGGUCGAGCAGUCACAAGGCAACUACCUAUGGCGGCUAGCCGGGCUUAUCCAUCGCCAGACGGAUCGCAUGUCGACAGAAACACGGAUGCAGCGCAGGAGGCCAGUAUCGCUGCGGCGGCUGGAAAGACGUUCGAGGGCGACAUUCCGUUCCAACCUGUCCUGCCACUAAAAGAAGACCUCGUUAUUCGGAUCACCGACGAAAAUCCAAAGCCCACGCUUGACUUCGUCAUUGAAAUGUUCAAGGAAGGCUUCUACCCGGUCCAGUUUUCCGAGUCCCUGAGUUCAUUAGAAGCUGACGAGAAUCCUGUGAGCCCGGCAACCCCGACUAGCCCAGAACCAGCAGCCCUCAAGGACACCGACCGUGCACCUGUUCAGAUCAGAAUCUCUCAGGAGGCCCUACAGCUGCCACAGUACCAAGAAGAAUAUGAUCCCUAUGCGUGUCACGCAUAUAAUCCCAACUUGUGGGAGAAGGUGCAGCCUCCUCGGCAGCCCACCCCUCCGCAAGAGCCACCACGGCCACCUACCCCAAGAGUGUCUACUGACAAGUCUAUACCCAAGUCUUUUACCAGGUCUUUUGAAAGGACUUUCGAUAAGUCUGCUAUUCACAAGUUCCACAAUGUUCUUACUACUCGCCGCCAGUCGCCCCUUUCCGUCCAGAACGCCGUGAGAGCGGUACUCGCUAUCCACUUCCCUUCGGACAACCAGGCGGAUGACCAGUCACCGCCGUUGCUCCAAACAGAUCCAUAUAGUCUGUGGAACCCGGUCUUCUACGAUCCGCGGACGAGCGACCCAACGCCGGGACGAGGAAAAGUGGACCUGGUUCUUGCCAUUGGCACCCAGGCUGGAGUGAGAAAAGACUACCUGUCAAGGGUUGCAGGUCAGAUCGAGAGACUUGCGGUCAAGCCUAAAGGGGCCUCGCGGGGCGGUCGCGUCGAUAUGAGAUAUCUGAUUGGUCUUACAACCCAAGCAUCCAAGGCCAAACCCGUUACCCUCGAUAUUUGUGGUGAUCUCGCCACCAAUCCUACUUUGCUGGCAACCCUCAUGGUUCCCUGCCUGGAAACAUACUUGGCUGCGCAUGUUAAUGUUCGUUUUCUGUUGCUCGAGUACCCAGCCGAGCAUUUAUCCACCGUCCUGGCGUUGCAGAAAAUCAUCGGCGAUGACAUCUUCAAGGUCUCGGCCAUAAUAAAAGGAGACCAUCUCGAGCCCCCCCUCAUGCAUGGUGUGGAUAAUAACAGCCCCGGAGCAAACAAGCGAUCGGCCGCUGGGGCAGGGUCGAGCCCUGCCGCAACAUUGUCCCAAGCCAACUUCAUCAUCACCUCGUCGGCGGGCGAUUCCGAAGUUGCCACCUUCAUUACGACAAUCUGGAAGAUCCUCAUCAACGUCUCGGAAUACUACGUCCCCGACCACAACCCGCGAAGAGCCACCUCAAAACCGGACCUCCAGCAGUUCGCCGACCAGAACGCAUGCGCCACCGCCCUCGGAGGCACCCAAACCAGCCCCCCGCGGCGAGACACCUACCACCACCCCCGGCCAGACCCUCGGCCCUCGACGCCGCCAGGGACCGUACCCCCUCCGACGUGGCCGCCGAGACUGCCUCCACAGCAGCAGCAGCAGCAGCAGCAGCAGCAGCAGCAGCAGCAACGGCAGCAACAGCUGCCGGGGAUAAUACCGACGCCCUUCCCGACAUUCCCGCCCAUCCCGCACCGGCCGGCGUCGCCAACCCCCUCGAGGGAGUCGGCCGGGUCCCUGGUGAUGGGCGGCGGCGGCGGUGGUGGUGGUGGUAGCUCCUCGGGUACGACGCACGCGUCGUGCGGCAGGGGAGGAGGAGGAGGAAGGGGGGACGGUUAUCAUUAUGGCGGGGGGGAGAGGGAGGAGGAUGAGGAGGAGUUUGAUCUCGAUGAGAGGAGGUUGGUGCCUAUGCUGCUGCAGCAGAAUGUGAAUAGGGGGGGGAGUAGGAAGGCGCUUAAGUGGUUGGGUCUGGCUUAG